AGGUGCUGCCGGAGCUGCAAGCAGCCUGCGCCCGUCCCGCGUCGCCCCCGCUCAGGGCGGGUCCCGCGUGUUUAUUCCACCCGGGACGAGCGCCGGCGUCCAGCCCGCUACCGACCGCCGCUGCGGGAUGCUGCGCUCCACGUCCACCGUCACCCUGCUCUCGGGCGGCGCCGCCAGGACGCCCGGGGCGCCCAGCAGGAGGGCAAAUGUUUGCAGACUACGGCUGACUGUACCUCCUGAGAAUCCAGUUCCUGAGCAGAGUGAAAAAAAGAUAGAGAGAAAAGAGCAGCAUCUUGAUCUGAGCAAUGGAGAACCUACCAGGAAACUUCCUCAGGGUGUUGUUUAUGGUGUGGUGCGAAGAUCAGAUCAAAAUCAGCAGAAAGAAAUGGUGGUGUAUGGGUGGUCCACCAGUCAGCUGAAAGAAGAGAUGAACUACAUCAAAGAUGUAAGAGCCACUUUGGAAAAAGUGAGGAAGCGAAUGUAUGGAGACUACGAUGAGAUGAGACAGAAGAUUCGGCAGCUCACCCAGGAACUAUCCGUUUCCCAUGCUCAGCAGGAGUAUCUGGAGAAUCACAUCCAAACCCAGUCAUCUGCUUUGGAUAGUUUCAAUGCCAUGAACUCGGCCUUGGCAUCAGACUCCAUUGGCCUGCAGAAAACCCUUGUGGAUGUGACUUUGGAAAACAGCAACAUUAAGGAUCAAAUCAGAAAUCUGCAGCAGACGUAUGAAGCAUCCAUGGACAAGCUGAGAGAGAAGCAGAGGCAGUUGGAGGUAGCACAAGUUGAAAACCAGCUGCUGAAAAUGAAGGUGGAAUCGUCCCAAGAAGCCAAUGCCGAGGUGAUGCGGGAGAUGACCAAGAAGCUGUACAGCCAGUACCAAGAGAAGCUGCAGGAAGAACAGAGGAAGCACAGUGCCGAGAAGGAGGCACUUCUGGAAGAAACCAAUAGUUUUCUGAAAGCCAUUGAAGAAGCCAAUAAAAAGAUGCAAGCGGCAGAGAUCAGCCUAGAGGAGAAGGACCAGAGGAUCGGGGAGCUGGACAGGCUGAUUGAGCGCAUGGAAAAGGAACGUCAUCAACUGCAACUUGAACUCCUAGAACAUGAAACAGAAAUGUCUGGGGAGAUAACUGGUUCUGACAAGGAAAGGUAUCAGCAGUUGGAGGAGGCAUCAGCCAGCCUACGUGAGCGGAUCAGACACCUAGAUGACAUGGUGCAUUGCCAGCAGAAGAAAGUCAAGCAGAUGGUUGAGGAGAUUGAAUCAUUAAAGAAAAAGUUGCAACAGAAGCAGCUCUUAAUACUGCAGCUCUUAGAAAAGAUAUCUUUCCUAGAAGGAGAGAAUAAUGAACUACAAAGUAGGCUGGACUAUUUAAUAGAAACCCAGGCCAAGACCGAAGUGGAAACCCGAGAGAUUGGAGUGGGCUGUGAUCUUCUACCCAGCCAAACAGGCAGGACUCGUGAAAUUGUGAUGCCUUCUAGGAACUACACCCCAUACACAAGAGUACUGGAGUUAACUAUGAAGAAAACUCUAACUUAGGCACUCAGAGACAUGCACUUUUUACAGAUGGACAAACGCUCUGGAACCCUGUGGCUUGAAAUCCUUUGGGAAGGGUGACUGUUGUUUCCCCUAUACACAGUGUAAGCCAGAAUGGAAAUCACUGAGGCUCUGAUCUGCUUCUAAGACAGGAAGGAAAGUGAAGGCGGAGGGGCAGGUAAGAGACAAGGUCACAUUUGAAACACCCACCCAGCAUACCCUGCUAUACUGUGUCAUCAUUUGUUUUCUUUGUAGACACUGAAAUCCUAUCAGGAGGAUUCCCUCACUAUUUAUUUUACUUGCUAGACUUUGGUUGAGAGGGAAAAGGACAUUAAUUUGAAGUUUCAUGUUAUUCAUGCCAGGAUCGUUUGAUAGGGCAUGAAGGUUUUGUUUACCCAUAAAAGUAUUAGAGGCAGCGUUUCUCUGGUACAGAGAGGCCUGUCCACAAGGAGCAUGGGCACCCAGCCAAACUUGAACCUGGAGGGGAGGGUCCCCGGCCUGCAAAUGCUCUUUCCUCCGGGUCCCAGGCAUCUGUGCAGGGCCGUGGGAGCUGCAGUUAGAGACUUGUGUGGGCCAGACAAGCUUCAUUCCCAUGCAUUAGUCCCUUGGUUUAAUUUGUGCCUUAUGCCUUCAUUGGACCAGCUGAAAUCACUGUAUUUAUUCAACUUGUGAUUGUUUUUUUCUUUUCACAUUAAGAGAAUUUUUAUGUCACGGACAUUUAAUCAUUUAAUGUUUUCAGUAUCGAUUGGUGUUUUUGUUCAAUGAAUGAGUAAUCUGUUCAUGCAUGCUCUACUUUGAUAUUAUAAACUAUGUCACAUAUGUUUAAUAAAUACCAUAUAUUUUGUUCUACUAA